AUGUUGUUAUGGACUGAAGCCGAGUUCGCCCUGGGCCCCUUCACCAUCACGCCACAGCGCGAGACGGUGUCUGACUUCGCCGUCCCGCUGGUCAGUGAAAACAAGGCCAUCUUCAUGCAGCGGCCACGGCAGGAGACCGAUGUGGCGGGGUUUUUAAAGCCCUUCAAGGCGGAGGUAAACUGUGCCACCAUACUGUUCGUCCGGGCCGAGGGUAAAAUAUUCGGCCACCUCGUCGGGAAAGUUAACUCUCACGCGCUCUUGUGGGUGCUGAAGGCCCUCACGCAGGAAAUGAUUUACAUAUAUCAUUCUCCUCCUCCACCUUUACCUAAAGGCUCGAACUGGCUGCCGCGACACAAUGCAAGUCGUGUGCUGGCCGCCACGUGGCUGCUGGCGUCCCUGGUGUUCAUGUCCUCCUACGGCGGCAUCCUCACCGCCAUGCUCACCGUGCCUCGGGUCACCAUCCCCAUCGACUCCCUUGAAGACCUGGUGGCCCAGGACGACCUGCCCUGGAGGCUGGAGGCGGGAUCUAUGGCGACACAGUAUCUAAAGGUAGUUCUUCGGAGGGGUGGGAGCAGUGUAACUGUGAGCACUGCUGGUUGCUCAGAGAUACCAUUAUAUAUAAACCCAACAGAAGUAUUCCAUUAAAAUUGGAUAAGUUUUAUGUCACGACACACAACAAACUAUUUAGCACACUGAUGAAUGACCACGUGUUUGAUUUUCUCACAUUCUGCAAACCUGAAAAGCGAUCUCUGGCCCUCAGGAAUCCGGGGACCCUGUGCGGCAGAAGGUGGUGGCAGGGGCGUUGGGCCUCUUUAAAGACUGUUGGUCGGCGCGUCAGGCAAUUGUUGACGGGGAGUUCGCGGCCAUUUGCGACGAGACCACCAUGAAAAAGGCCAUGGCAUGGGACUUCGGGUGAGGCAAAUUCGUGAAUCGGAGUAACAAUUACCGCCGCUCUUUUUUUUCCGUGGGGAAUCUUUUCUCCGGUAUUCUUCUGUUCACAAUACAUGAGAGUAGUGGUGUGCGAUUUUCCUCAUAUUUUGUGUGGAGCUCUUGGUCUGUCUCCUCUCUGCAUUUAUUUACUUAAUUUGUUUUGCCUCGGGUUACUGUCAGUACACUUCUUCCACCACAGCCUGACCGGGGACUGCCACUUCUACAUCUCCCGGGAAAAGGUUUUGUCCGGCGCCUGGAUGGGUGUCGCCUUUCAGACGAACUCCCUUUACCUUGCCAGGGCGAAUGCCAUGUAGGUGGAGAUGAAGCGAAAAUGUUACAUAAACCCUACAAACAUUAUUUUAUACUGUAAACCUAACAGAGA